CAUCUGUGAUGUGUUGAGUUUCAGUCGGGACACUCUCACACUGACACAGAGGAAGUGAAUUUUCCAUCUCGACUCAUGUGUGAACUAUGGGAAUCCAUUCCUGGCUGAAAAGGAGGGUUACUGUGGCACCAGGGUACUGUUACACUGACAGAGUCAGAGAGACAGAGUUCAGUUCAGUUCUGUUGUUUACUGAAGCUGGACGGAAGCAGCUGUGCAUGGAGUGUACAUGGCCCAUCCUGUCCUAAUGACUUCACCGUAGGAACAUGACCCUCAACACCCAGAGAGAGAAGGAGCCCCUCCGGAGGCGAGGCAGCACACCAGUUCAUCCACUCUACCAGCAACCAUCCUGGCCUCGGGACCCUUGGAUCCCCAGCAGCACCCAGCCUGACCCAGAGCAGCCCCGUCCCCAGCGCAGCCACCCACCUCUGGGACAGUCAGCGUCCUACCACCCUGGAGACAAGUCCCUCCACUAUCGCGCCCAGUGGAGUUCAGACUCAGAUGAUGACUCACAGAGUGAUUCGGACUGUGUUUACAGAGUGGUGCUGCUUGGUGAUCACGGAGUCGGAAAGACUAGCCUCGCAGGAAUCUUUGCCGGGAUCACAGACAAGGAUGAACAACCUGGAGAAGACAUAUAUGAGAGGACACUGACUGUAGAUGGAGAGGAAACCACACUCAUCGUCAUGGAUAACUGGGAGAAUGACAAAAUGGAGGGGGAGGACGGGCCCUCUCACAAUGAAUGUCUGAAGGUGGGGAGUGCUUAUGUCAUCGUCUACUCGGUCACCGACCGCUCAAGCUUUGAUUCUGCUGCUGAGCUCCGCAUCACACUGCGACGCACCCGCCAGGCCGAGAACCUUCCCAUCAUCCUUGUGGGAAACAAGAGCGACUUAGUCCGGUCCAGAGAAGUUGCUGUGGAAGAGGGCCGAGCGUGUGCGGUCGUGUUUGACUGCAAAUUCAUUGAGACGUCAGCGUCGCUUCAGCACAAUGUGACUGAGCUUUUUGAGGGUGUAGUCCGGCAGAUCCGCCUUCGUCGGGACAGCAGCGAGACCAUUCAACGCAGACGCUCCAUCUAUAAACGGAAAGAGAGCCUCACCCGUAAGGCCCGGCGCUUCCUGGACCGACUGGUGGCACGCAACAACCAGCGCAUGGCGGUGAAAGUGCGGUCCAAGAGCUGCCACGACUUGGCCGUUCUCUGAAUUCAUCUGUCCACCAGGAAGUUUUGUGACGCCCUGGAGCUGUCUCUGGUCAUGAUAUCGUGGACAGUGGUGUCUGCGGUGAUGCUCAGCAAGCUGACGGUGUCAGACAAUUUCAGCAGUGAGCUCGUACAUCAGCAGACAGCUACAUACUCACUGUGAUCAGCUCCCUUUUUGACCAUCUGAUGUCAAAAUUUUGGGGCUUUUUCACCAAAUGACUUAAAUAUGGAGACUAAGUGUUCAAUGUUCGGUGUGAGAGUGUGUGUGGAUCACGUCCUGUAGUUUCCACUGUGUCUCUUGUGUUUUCCUGAAGUUUCGACUGUUUUUAGUUCCACACUGUGCAGAAUAAAAAGUCUUAACA